ACUUUCGUUAGCGUAAUUUAUACAAAAUCGUCAUCUAAAUAGUAGUUAGUGCGUUUGGGUACACUUUAGUGUAGUAAAGCUUGCCGGGUAGCUGUAGACACAAGUGCACGCUGAAGGUCUACGUAUUCGUUCAAUCGCAGUCAGUGUGUGUCACCGUGUCGCGCCAUACGCUUGACAAAAAACAAGAAUUUAUCUCUUCAUUAAGUUUGUCGGAACGACGAAUAUAACAUUAAGUCGUAAUGGUGUGAUAAACAAAUGGUAGUUAUGGCAAAUCAUUGUCUAGAUAUCCACAACAGGACCAAGUGCAGUGGUUCGAGAUAUCAGUGCAUAUUAUGGAUUUGGAGCGCAGUUGUGUGUCUUUGCAUCGUAUCGAGAUGUGUUGCAGCUGGGGACCUCAAGAGUAGUGUAUCAAUAGACCCUGAAGGUGACAGCUAUGUUCGCUUUGGCGAUAAUUUAACAAUAUAUUGCAUCGCCGGCCCUAAUUACAAUCGCAGUCAUCUCAAAAUCACCCACAGUGGCAAAGAACUGUCGACGAUUCCUGUGAACGACACUACUAUUAUGUACACUGAGACACCCAAGGAGCAUGUCAGAAAUAAAAUAUACUACUGCAAGAACAAGGAAACCAACCAGAAUGUGGUGAAAACUGUAAUAGUGGCCUCCCCGCCUAAAAAUGUUUUAGAUUUCAAAUGCAUCUCAUUGAAUUUUGAGGUGUUGAACUGCUCGUGGACAUCUCCUGAUUUCAUUAUAUUCACUAAAUACAAGUUGACGCAAGUAAUUAGAAACAAUGCAAAAUUACUACCAUGUAUACCGACACAGCUUGAGAAAACACUUUUACGGUAUUGUUACUGGAACACAACUAGUCAUCCUCGAUACAGGCAGCAAGAUGAAAAAUUGGAUUUUAUUCUAGAAGCUCACAAUGAGUUUGGAAACAACACACAAAACUUUACCAUUAACCAUUAUUCUAUUGUGAAACCAGAUCCCCCUAUGAACUUGACCAAUCUCACUGUGACCCCUCAUAGAGUGCUCCUCAGGUGGCAGUUACCUAUAAACAUUAAUGAUUUUUUGCACGAAGGGGUGGACCAUAAGAUAGAAUAUCAAAUUGCAAAGAUUGAUGACAAAAAGUACUUCAGGGUUGUAAACACAAGUGGUUUGUUGCCAAAAGUAAGCAAUAGUAAGUAUGUUUACAUGUUCAACUUGACCCUCCCAUAUGCUCACAUGCUUUAUGGAGUAAGAGUGUACAUCAAACCGAAAGCUGCUAAAAGUGAUGAGUUCUGGUCUGAGUUUAGUAGUGUUGUUUUCUAUACAAGUAGUGAGCGACCUAGGAGACCACCGGAAAUGAUUGCUGGGGCCUUUGACCAAAACCAAUUUCAGGGUCGAAGACUGCUCUUUGUAUACUGGAAACAAUUGGAAGAAUAUGAAGAAGCUGGUGCUAACUUUACAUAUAAGAUAAUUGUGUAUCGGGAGACAUCUGCACCAAGAACAUACUGGCCUGAUAAAAAUAAAAGCUUGGGCUAUUUAAAUCUGCAGGAUGAAUCUAUGGAGGCCUUACAUGUAGAAGUUCAGUCAUACAAUGAACAGGGGUCAUCUGAAAACAGCAGCUAUUUGUACAUCCCACCUGAAAAAGAGACGCGUUCUUUACGCCUUACUUUAUUUACCAAACUUGCAUAUGAAAAUGGAACUUAUGAAUUAUCAUGGGCUGGGAUUCGCAACAUUGAUAACUAUACUUUAUUUUGGUGUCACCAUAAUACUACAAACAUUUGCAGUGGGCGCAUAAACUUCACAGUUCUCAAUCCCGAUAUUAAUAAACACAUAAUUAACUUGCCUAGGGAUUACAGAUAUCAGUUUGCAAUAUCUGCAAAUAAAGGAAGUGGUACUAGCGGAAUGGUGUGGGCGAAAUGUGAUAUAUCAAAGGAUGGCAUUGCAAUGUUCGAAAUACCAAUACGUUUCAUUGAUCAUGAUGCCCCAGGAACAACUUCUGUGAAGCUAAAAUGGUCUAUGGACUGUACUCUCAAAGAAGGUAUUAUAAAUGGAUAUAAUAUAACCUAUUGUCCAGUAAUAGGGACAAGUGUUCAUUGUGAUAACACAUUUGGCUCUUUGGCUCCAUAUAUUAUCAAUAAUCCGAAACAGAUGGAAGUGACAGUAACUGGAUUAAGACCAUACACAACAUACCAGUUCACAAUGGCUUUAAAUACUAUUUAUGGAUUAAAAAUCAUAGAAAAUACAACAGUGCGUAUUACAACUUUAGAGUAUGCUCCAACAAAGCCGAUGAAUGUGAAAAUAACAAAAGUCAAUAUUACUAGUUUAGAUAUUUCAUGGGACCCACCACAACACUUAAAUGGCCACAUAAGUAAAAUUAAGUAUGUUAUCUAUAACUAUGGCACAAAAAUACAGGAAAUUAAAUAUGAAGAUAACAAGGAAGAUAAAUAUUCUGCAAGAUCUCGAAGGCACGUGGUAUUAGACAAAUUACACCCUUUCACCAAUUAUUCCUUCAGUUUAAAAGCUUGUAAUGAAGGAAUUGAUGCCUGCUCAGAACCAACUGAUCCUGUCUUUGUGAGAACCAAAAUUGGACCUCCUAGCAAAUUAAAGAUUCUUCAAUAUGACGACAAUCGCCUGUCAUGGGCACCACCAGAGUUUCCUGGAGGGACUGUAGAUCUUUACCAGGUCAGAAUUCUGAAAGACGCUGUUUACGAGACCAUAUUGAAUAUUUCUGAAACCAAUAUUAAAGUGAAGUUUUGUGAGGGAGGACUUCAAAAUGAGACCUAUCAGGUCAGAGCAGUAAAUUUUGAUGAAGCUCAGUACCAUGGUGCUUUAACUGAUUCAUCACAAGUUAUUCUUGAUGAGGUUAAUGAAGUCAAAGUGUUGGCGCAUUUUGGAGAUUGGAGUAACGAGAGUGUAGUCUAUUGUACUGGUAGAGACAACUUAUUCCUGCUGUUCAUCAUCAUGGGCAUUAUUGCAUUUGUUGGAAUGUGUUGUGCUAUAUUAAAAACGUACAAGAAAAUCAAGAAAAUGGGAGAUAUUAAACCAGAAUUCCCGAAAGGUCUUUUUGUGCCUGAAAAAGAUAUGACUAAAUACCCAUUCACUGGUUUAUAUCCAUCAGAAAAAGAUGAAAAACCAAUGUCAGAUGCCAUUUUGUUAUUACCGAAUACUAAAAGUACAGUUUCUUCACCUGAAAUUAAGAACACUGAUAAUAAUUGUGGCUCUAGUGACCACACCGAUAGUACUGUUUUAUCAGAUGCCUCUCAUGGACCAAUUGAACGCCAGAGCUCAACUUCCGAUGACGGAUCGCAAUCCUCUUUGCGGUUAGUGGUGGAACCACGCAAAGAUGAUGACACUAAUAUUGCGGAUCAAGAGGAAGCAACCUCGUCAAAUUCUGAUUCUAGUAGCUCUAGCAACAAUUCACCUUACUUCGGAGACAACUCAUUUAAGAAAAAUAUGGUAACGGGAUAUGUUCAGCCUGUAGUCAGUCCUGGGACGGGUUAUGUCCAGACUGUGCCCACGCCGCUUAAAGCCGUUCCACAAAAACCAGUAGUUCAACCUACUACAUCAAGCUAUGUAAUGGCGGGGCUUCCGCCACCCAUAUUCUCUGUCGACGGUGGAACGACCCAGUCUCAGCCUCCGUCGGGGUACGUGCGCGCCGAAGACAUACAAGCGCGAUCAGCUCUACAAUUUCCUAAAUUGGGUCCAUCAGUUUUUGGGUCGGAGAGCUUGCCGACAAUGCCUUUCUUGCCAACGCCAACAAAACCAGGCGCAGACAGCAGCUACAUUCAGCUGCAAUCUCUCGAUUCCUUGCCUAGUCAUAAGCCGAAUGUGAGAAACACAGUGCCAUUGAAACCGCCUGCUUCUAGUGGUUACGUGAGUCCCGGAGACGCGGUUAUAAACAAGCACCUCAAUAACAUAAUAUCGGGCACUCAGCCUGACGAGUCGGCGAUCUUGGACCCCACUAUGUCCCCAGAUGCAUACUGUCGCUUCUCGUGGAGUACCGACCCUGCCAACGAUAAUUUACAUUCGAUACUAGCGAGUUCACCCACCACGAAUCCCUCCAAAAACUGAACUAAACGAUAGCGUAAGAUAGUACACGGUACUGAUAUAAAUAGAGUAAAUAGUGACGGAACUGUAAAUCAAUAUAAUUAACUAAAUGUGUUUUAAAAUUGGACUUAUUUUCACUCAAGAAUGUGGAUGUGUUGUCUAGUGAUAAUUGUCGUGCCUU